AUGAAGUUUUCUCAGUUGAUCCUGCCAUUCUCCGCUGCUCUGAGCCUCGUAGGGUCCGGUGUAGCGACGCCAACGACAAAGCCAGUGAAUCCCAGGGCAUCGCGCCCUGCGAGAAACCUGCUGGCACACCUGGUCCGGAGUGCGGGCAACGGCACAACACUCUCGGGCCAACAAGAAUUGAAGGAUGCAGACUGGGUGACCGAUAAUGUGGGCUUCUCGCCGGUGAUUCUAGGAGUUGACCUGAUGGAUUAUUCGCCCUCACGCGUGGAGUUCGGGGCCGUGUCCACGUCUAUCGAAGAUGCCAUCACAUACGCGACGCAAGGGGGGAUCAUUACUAUCUGCUGGCAUUGGGGUGAGCUCAGCCAUGACUGGAUGACUGACGAGAGGCUAACGACACUUCUCACUCUAGGCUCUCCUUCUGGCACGUAUAACACCACCGAGCAACCGUGGUGGUCUAAUUUUUACACCGAGGCUACCUCAUUCAACCUCUCCGCCGCCAUGAACCCGGCUUCACGUGAUUACAAGCUGAUUCUCCGCGACAUUGACGCCAUUGCCGAGCAGCUGGCCCGGCUCAAGGACAUCCCCGUUCUCUUCCGGCCUCUCCAUGAAGCGGAGGGUGGCUGGUUUUGGUGGGGGGCGACCGGCGCCGAGCCCUGCAAGGCGCUCUACCGGCUGCUGUUCGACCGGUUGACCAAGAAGCAUGGGCUGAAUAAUCUGCUCUGGGUGUGGAACUCGAAGGACCCGCUUUGGUAUCCCGGAAAUGAAUAUGUGGAUGUCGUUAGUGUGGAUGUGUACGCUGACAACGGCGACCACUCCUCCCAGCUGGAGGCGUACCAAGCCCUCCAAGGCCUGACAGGCAAUUUUAGCAAGCUUAUUGCCCUGGGCGAGGUGGGUAAUAUUCCGGAUCCGGAGCUGAUGCGGGAGGACGGUGCGCAGUGGGCAUACUGGGUGACCUGGAAUGGGGACUUCAUUCGGGGAGAGACGAAGAACCCGAUGGAAUUUAAGAAGGCUGUUUACGCUUCUGAGUUGGUCUAUACGCUGGACGAGAUCCAGGGAUGGAAUUUGUAA